ACCUUUACAAGUUACGAGCAAAUCCAAUAUCCACCACGCUGUAAUUACUAUUACCUGCACAAUGUCUUUUGGACCACGACUGGACUUUACGGCCGUUGAUCUGUACCGCUCGGUUACCUGCCGGGUGGACGAUGCCGGCAACGGCGGCAAUUAUGUUUUGUCUCCUUUUAGUAUUUUGUACGCUGGUGCGGUGUUGUAUUUAGGCGCCCAAGGACCUACCAGAGAGAAUCUCAAUACGGCACUGCAUUUUGAGCCACCGUUUGGUAAUAAUAGCAAAGUUCUGCAGGACAUCUUUGAGAACACCGCUAGACAGCUUUCGCUGAAAAAAGUCCUGCCACCAUCCGAAAGACAGCGCCGAAUUCCUAAGGGUUUGAAAACGGAAUUAGCAUUAUUGAAUGGUGUGUUCUAUGAUCCUUCACUGCAAAUACGAACAUCUUUUGCGAAUUCUAUUUUGAAGACGUUGCAUGCUGGAGUUUAUGAACUGCCACUUUUGGCACAUCCAGAAGAGGCGGUUCGCAGUAUGAACGACUGGGUGAACACAAACACUGUCAACAGAGUUACCAAUCUCAUCCCACUGCCAUCCGGAUCAAAGCGUUCCACGGGCAAUCUCGCUCUCGUGAACACGCUAUAUUUCCGUGCAGCCUGGCAAAUGCGCUUUCCUGACUCCAGUGAAGAAGAAGACCGCGCCCCUUUCUACCACUUGAAUGGCAACGUGUCGCAGCCAGUGUACUUGAUGGCGCGUCGCUCCGUGGCGUAUGCCGAAGAUGAUGACCUAGACGUGCAAUACGUGGAACUACCGUACAACGGCGACUUUUACAUGAUAAUCGUGCUGCCAAAAGAGCGCGAUGGAAUUCGGGAUUGCGAAGACCAGUUUAGCAGCGAGGCACUACGGAGUCUGCGACAGAAGGUGCCUUUGCUAAAGGCCGGUAAUCGUCGUUUAGUCAGCCUGCAAAUUCCCAAAUUUAAAGUGAAUGGAGCGUAUGAUAUGGCCAAACUGUUGACCGAUGUGGGUGUUACUCAUGCAUUGGGACCGAAUGCGGACUUGUCGGGGAUUGUAACCUCUGGAAAACCGAAACUCACCAGCAUGUACCAUACAGUAUCUUUGGAAAUCAACGAAAGAGGAACUUUAGCCGCAUCUGUGACCGAAACAGCUCCGGUUACGAUGGGUCCCGAGAUGGACGAUUGGUCAUCCGAUUAUUCGCCCAUUGAUUUCAUCGCUGACCAUCCUUUUCUGUUUGCUAUUCUACAUCGACCAACGGAUGCACUUCUUUUUAUUGGACGGAUUGAAGAUCCCGAAGCUUAGAUCUUGUAAUCUUCGACCCAGAAAAACCUGUGACAAUUUGUGCGGUUUUCAGAUAUAGAAGUGCGGAUACUAUCUGCGAUUCCUUCGAACUGAUGGAUAUACUGUACAAAAUGACCUUUUUGUUAAUUCAAGUUUAAAACCAAGCUGCAAUUUGUAUAACUCUUUAUUUUGUAGUAAAUUUAUGGGUUCUUGUAACAUGACUGCAGAGUACUGUGCCUGAACUGCCCUGAAGGUCAUGAGAGAUUCAAAAAGCUCGU